AUGAACAGGCGUUUGGAGGCAUGCCUCCCUCUAUGCCGUACACUUAUGGAUAUGAAGCAAAAUUUGGUUCCAUCGGAAACACUGGCUCCGGUAAUUUUUGAAACUGUUUAUAAUAUAAUAGAUUUCAUUAUACGUAAUGUAGAACAUGCUGUAUUCGUGGAUACACUUUCCCCCAGGCAUAAAGAAUCGGCACAGGGAGAGCGAAAGUUUGCCUCUGUUUCCAAAGCGCUUUGUAAAUGCAGCAAUGCGCAGUUGAAUAAAUGUCCAUCCGGACCCAUGGGAGCUCCAGGUCUUCCAGGUCUACCCGGUGAAGACGGAUUGCCAGGACUGUCCGGCAAACCAGGUCGAGAUGCCGACGAUGUUCAAGCUUAUCAUGUGACCUUGCCCUGCCAGAUAUGCGGUUACGGACCUCGCGGGGAGAUUGGUCAUCAAGGAGAAGGCGGGUCACAAGGUAUACGUGGGGCACCGGGUCGACCCGGUACUCCAGGAAUCAACGGUCAGCCUGGGACUACUGGUGAACGGGGACCCCCGGGAACCAUGGGACCUCGGGGCAAGCCAGGAAUCAAAGGUGCUCCCGGAAGGAAUGCUAUUUAUUUUAAGCCUCAGAAAGGAGUUCCAGGAGCAAAGGGAUUGCCUGGUGUCGAGGGAGAUCAAGGACUACCUGGUAGGGACGGACUUCCGGGAGAAGUUGGCGACAUGGGAUUGGUUGGAAAAAUAGGAAUUCCGGGUAAGCAAGGGGAGAGAGGAAUGACGGGACCACCUGGAGGGCGAGGAUUGCCUGGUCCAGAUGGGCAUUAUUGUCCAUGUCCGUCGAGAUCACCUCGAACUCAUGAAGAAUCUACUGAACUUGCGAGAGAAAUGCCAGCGCCUAAAGACCGCGAAUCUAUUGGGCCUGCGAAAGAAAUUCCAGCUCGGCAAGGCUAUGCUCUAAAAUAG